AUGGCUGUUUUGUACACAUUGUUGAUCCUAACGAUCCUGAGCCAAAUCGGACCGCGGCCCUGUUCGGCCCAAUGUCUGGAAACAACGUUUUUCUGCAACAUCGGUGUGGUCAACAUGACAUCGGACGGCGGUGUCAAGAUACGUAAUACUAUCGACAAAGAUGUUGAUUCGAUCCUAAUGUCAAUAAGCAUUGAGAAACUGAUCGUCAGUACUAGUGCCGCUGGUCCAUUUCUGCAAAGAAUUGCUGGUCUUACUGAGGGGAUUACGUAUCUAGUUUAUCGCGAGCCUGUAUUUCAAGUGCCCGAAGGCAACACUCUUGAAGAGAUCGAAAUUUACAAUGCGCCCAAUUUACGAUCGCUGGCAGUAGUUGGGACAAAUCGUCAUUUAACUCGACUAUCUGUGGAGACUUGCACGCUGGACCGGAUACCACCGACAAUCCCCCAGUUCGUUGUGCUGUCGAGACUGUUCAUCAUGCGCUGCGCAUUGACAGCAUUACGUAUGGAUGUGUUCGCGAAAAGUCCGAGCCUCUACUCGGUAUCCCUGGCACAGAAUCAAAUACGACAGCUGAUCCCUUUUACCUCGCCACCGAAAGAGAGACUGACUAUAGCGUACUUCGAUUUGGGCGAAAAUCAGCUUGAGCGUCUGGAUAUGUCCAUCUUUGUCCAUAUGCCAGAAUUGGAAAGGUUGGACGUGCGCGGGAAUCGCAUCGUACGCCUUGAGGCGACUGUACCGGUGACGCACGAAUCACUGAAACGAAUAUCUCUGGACAAAAACCAAAUUUCGUCGAUCGAUACACGCAAUCUUACCCUUACCACAAUGAGCUCGUUCUACGUGGUCGAGAAUGCGCUCACAGAAAUUCCUAAGCUUCUAGGACCGAUGCCCAACCUGCGUUCCCUGGCGUUCGAUCGAAACAAUAUCAAACAAGUGGACAUGAGCGUUUUUAGACGGUUUGCAAACGUGAGCGAUAUCUAUCUUAACGAUAACAAGAUCGAGUCCGUUCGCACCUCGUCCCCUGUAACGCUGCCAGCGCUUAAUAUACUGUUGUUUGAUAACAAUCUGAUCGUGUCGCCAAAUUUGACCGGCUGCAUCUUCCCGGACAUGUACUUUAUUUCGUUUAUGAACAAUCGGCUAACGGCGAUACCGCCGCUGUUUCAACGAUUUGAACGAGCGCGCCUGUCGGUCGAAUGGAAUCCGAUUAAGUGUGCCAACAUGGCAACGUUCAAGUCGCGAUUUGUUGAGGGUCGCUUAUUACUGAGUACCGCUGAGGAACAGUCCGACUGUUUAACGUCGUCUAUGAUAGAUCUUAAUGGAAAAGUCAAAGGAUGUUGUGACGCUUGA